CGGCUGCUCAGCGGCUAGCGGCUGCUCAGCGGCUAGCGGCUGCCCAGCGGCUAGCGGCUGCCCAGCGGCUAGCGGCUGCUCAGCGGCUAGUGGUGGGAGGGAGACGGUGGCGUGGGGCUGAGUCCAGACAGAGCAGGGGUGCGAUGGAGUACCACUCCGGUGGCAGCCUGCCCCUGCUGGGGAGACCGCGGUACUGCCCCGGGGCCAGCGCCAACGGGGGAUACUUGUGUGAAACGGGUCACUGCUGUGGAGAGACGGGCUGCUGCACCUACUACUACGAGCUCUGGUGGUUCUGGCUGCUGUGGACCGUCCUCAUCCUGUUCAGCUGUUGCUGUGCCUACAGACACCGUCGAGCCAAACUGCGGGUCCAGCAGCAGCAGCGGCAGAGGGAGAUCAGCCUGCUGGCCUACCACGGAGCCAACUCCUACCCCUCCUCCAUGCUGGACCUCAGUUUCCUGGCGUCCCUGAAGCUGCCGUCGUACGAGGAGGUAGCAGCUCAGCCCUCCACCCCUCCUCCACCCUACAGCUCUGUGUUCACCACCCCCCGAUACCCGCAGCCCCCCCGCGCCGCGGACCCCCACCUGCUGACGCAGCACGACCCCCUGCUGCACCGGCCGCUUAGCGAUGGUCCCUCCUCCCUGAGCUCCGACAACAGCUCCAGUUGUUCCUGUGACUCCUGCUGCCCGUCAUCUCCAUGCAGCUCCUCUCUCUCAGCACCUAUCACCUAUGAGACAGACACUAGCCACGCUUCCACGCCCAGCGAGGCCACGCCCCUCACUCUUGAUGUCACCAUGGAGACCAUCGCCGCCGCCACCUCGUGCUUGGAGGUAAAUGAGACGCGGCUUUCUCCUGACAGACUGGUUCCCAGAGGUGCCGUCUGUGAUACAGAUGCUGCCAGACCACAGGAACCUGUUGCCACGGAGUCAUCGGUUCCCAACCAGACUGUUACCGUUGCCCUCGUUACAAGGGCUGCCUCGCCUCUCUCCUCUCCUGGUACUAAUGUGGCUGCUGGAACUACAUCCCCCAUAAUGCAACAGUGUGCCCCAGCAGUCAGCACCUGUAGCCUCUGUAACCAACCCAGUCCAAACGUUGCUGAUGUACCGCUCCCCUCCAUCCAAAUAAUAACCACAGAUGAGUGUCCCCAGAUGAACCCAGGCCCCUCAGGCCCAACAGUUAACACGUGUGACGGUCCCACAACCACCAGAACCCCAGAACCCCUAACAAGGACCUUUAACGCAGCCACUGUUCUAUCUGGCCCGGUCUCAGUACCAGCCACAGGUGGUGGUGGAAGCUUGGCCACAAUGACAGGCUCGACUAGUCCCACAGCCUGUGACCCAAACUCCAGCCUUCUGCUAAAGCCAGCAUCUUCAGACCUCAGCCAAAGUCCAAUUAGUUCUGACGCAGUACCUACAGACUUGAUCCAAGUCACAGAACCAGUAUCCACAAACCUUUUUCCCCUGCCAGGCCCAGUACCUACCAGCCUUACCUGCACUUCACGUGCAGAGUCUACAAUAAUUACCCAUGUUCUGGGAGAGGUACCUACAAACUUGAGCCAAGGCCUAGAACCCGAACCCGAACCCACAAAGGUCACCUCAGUGCCACAAGCACAGUAUAAAACCACCUCUGUGCAUCAUUUCACACUUGAUUCCAUUCUAAAUCUGAAGCCUACUCGUGCUACAGAUGCAGCCGCCGCCUCAUGUGAGCCACUCGUGUGCCAGAACACAGAACCUUCUAGUGGCUCAGCUGUGGUUCUAGUUCCUCCCAGCCCAGAGUCUGCAGCUGUUGGUCCUGUUGUAUUUGACCUUGAUCCCUCUGCCCAGGCUUUUCAUAGGCCUGGUUCUGGUUCUGCUCCUCCUUCCUCUCCCAGCUCUUUCUGCCCGGCCAUAAACAUAGAGUCUGAAGCCUCCCUUGCUCCUGUUCAAACACCCUCCCCCGCUCUCUCCCCAACCCCGCCCCCACGCCUUCCUUCUCCUUCCGCCUCCCUUCCUGCUCCAUCUUUACUUCUGGAUCCUCUCACUGCUCUGCACCAGUCAGACAAAGGUGGGUCUUCGGGCCAUGCGUCCUCGCUGUCUCCCUCACCUCGUGCCACUCAGUCCCCUCCUAAACAGACCCUGUUCUCCCCCUGUGUGGACGUGUUUGAACCGGGGCCUCCAAACUGGAAGGACGGGGAGGAGGAUCAUGAGGAGGAGGGUAAUGAAGACGAGGAUGAGGAUGACGUUGCAGCUGAUGAGAGCCAGUAUAGACAUCGUCGACUGACCGGGGAUUCUGGAAUCGAGGUAUGUAGGUGUCGGGUGGACGAGGAAGAUGAGGAAGAGGAGGACGAUGAAGAGAAGGGGGAAAGGAUGAAAGAGGGUAGGAGAGGAGGAGGGGGGGAGAAGGACGACCCUGAUCUCCAUGACAGUGUGGACUGCCCUGCCAGGGGUCAGAUAAUCACAGGGGAGGGACUCACACUGUGUAACCAGCCCCCGACCUCCAGCACCGCACCAACGUCCGAGGACAGCGGCAAAGUUGUCAUCGUGAUGGAGACGGUGUGAUCACCAAGUGGACUGACCUGCACCAUCCAAACCAGGGUGAAUAGAGGUCAAGUGAAGUGUUACAUCACAUGUUCAGCAGCUGUCAGUCAGACCAACACGUGCAUCAGAUGAGGAAACAGGAGCUCAUAAACAUUAGUGAUGGUGUGUUUGCUUCUAUAGUGACUGGUUUUAGGAAUCUCUGAAAAGUAAAACCUCAGUCUCACAAAUACUGCAGUGCUUCUUCAUGUUUGAGUUGUCUGGACCGUUGUCAGUCAGUGAUGAAACAGCUUGUGAAGCCUGGACAGAGGCGAGGUCUUUGGGAAGUUGGAACUGCUCACAUUGAAGCAACCAGUUGUUGGUCGUUGAAGUGAUUAGUUGCCCGUCGACCUAAGGAGCCCGUACGGCGCCUGCCUGGUUUUACAUUCUGAUCCCAAUCUGGUUUUCAGGAUCCAGUAAGAACACAAAGUUACCAACAACCAGCACAUACGUCAACCUUCUCCCCUGUCCUUUAGUUUGUCUUCACCCCAUUGUUUUCAUGACAUAAACCAAACUACAAACACACAAUUCACUUGUUUUGGUCUCUGCUUCUGGGACUUCUGGGUCCACAGACCCUUUGUAGCUGUGGUGCUGAGUCGUAGUAGCCAUUGUUUCAUCCAGUCAUCAGCUAGUGUAGUCCUGUCCCGUGUCUGCUGCUCUGCCGAGUCUGCUCAUUAGCUAAACCUUAGCCAGUAGCUAUGUUAGCAUGCUAACGGUGGUUGCUUCCACUGUCUGCUGCACGUGGCCAGAUGUUCUCCUGUUUAGUGGGUGAUGCUGUAAGGAUCGAUCAUUAAUGUGGAAAUGUAGCGGUCACACAGUUCACACAGCUGCAGACGUUCCCAGCAGGACCAGUCUGGUCUACAGGCCCCUGACUAAUACAACCAUGCGCAAGAUGUUUGCAUCAAAGUCUGCAGACAUGUUUCCUGUACAUUAAGACUUGGAGCAAACAUCAGAUUGUCUGUCUGACGUCGGCCGCUACUGAAAAAAGUUGCACAUUUAACAGGCAACGCCUCGUUUGUCUCGUCUGAUGACGGAGGCUUGGAAACAAAUACGCUGUUUAGAAAAUGGAGGGAGACGAUGUAGGAGGAUGAUUCACUCUGACUGACAGAGGGAAAACUGAUUCAUUCAUCAGUGGGGAUGUUUUUGGCCAAGUCUGUCAGGAAAGCGGAGUUAGGUGGGUGGUUGAUGGAAGAGGAGGACGGCGUCUCAGACCUCGCGUUUAACUCCAGCCUCAUGCAGAGUUUCAUCAGGAUCAGUCGGUUUCCUGUGCGUCGGCUUUGACACGUAGAAAUCAACAAUGGGCACUUUCAGAAAGAAACAAAGCAGCGAACAGAACAGAGGCAGGAUCACGUCAUCAUUCUGUGGCGACACCACAGCUGUGUCUGAACGCCUGCACCCUCCUUCAACAGCAUCCAGAGCUCAAAGACUGACUUCACAUCGUCCUGCAGAGUUCAGCAACAGGUCGAACUGCUCCUUCAGGGUUUAGUGAUGUUUAGUACGCUGUCAGUGCUUGUUUCCUCACUCAAACAAUAACGCUACACUAUAUUUUGUCAAUGACAUUUGUGUAGUACAUGCUGGUGUGUUCAGAAACACCAUUAGCUUCGAGCUGAAGUUAGUGAAGAGCAAUAUUUUUCAUCAGCAGGAGUCUGUAUGUAAAUAAUCUUCCCAGAAACAUCAAAGCGUGUGAGGUUGGGUUGACAGCAAAGCAAUGCACUGUUGGUGCCACUUAGGUGAUUGAUGUGUUAAGGAUGAGGAUAUGUUGAAACCCCCUGGGAGUCAUUCAAAGGCAGCAGCUUUGUAACCAUGGACACAUGGUACAGUCUUUAUUGGGAGCGACACGUCUCUUUCAUUGUUUUAUACCUUUUGCUACAAAGUGCGUUUGUUUUGCCGGGGUCACGUAAUCACACUCAUAAAUGCAUGUUGACAUUUAGCGCGUGGGACCUUGGCCACUAAGAGUCCCGCCCCCCGCCGCCUGUAGCUGCAGGUGAUUGGUCCAUUCUGCUCAGUUCUGGACACGACCGUUUCCCUACACUCCAGUAAUUACAGCUUUUAUCUAGCGCUUUGCUCUGAACUGGCUGAUCUUCCACUCAUUUACAUUCUGCUGCGAGUGCUCUGAGACUUUUGACACGUUGGUUCCACUAAAAGCCGGUGAACCUCAGCAGUUCCUGGUCAGACUGAAGCCAUGAAUGUACUGAAGGAACCUGAUACCCAGGUGAUUCUCAGGCGGGUUUUCAUGGAUUUAGUGACAGUAAUAUUCUGGUAGUGUUGAUCAAAUACCUGAGUAGCCACAUUCUCCCCAUGAUGUUGGAUGUGGGUUGUUUGUCUGUUACAGACCAUCAUGUGUGCAGCGCAAUGAAUAUUUAGUUCCCCACCGGUCUCUGUCUAGUUUAACGUAGGGAUUUGUUUUAUGUUUCAUCAUGGCGGUGGCCGUGAGUCCUACUGACGACCCCUGACCCUCGUGUCCACGCUGCAGCCAUACUCAGCCUUCCCACACUUCGCCCAUUUGUUGCAGUGGCCAGUGUUGGACUUCUUUCCAACAAAAGCAGCGUCCAUGGAGAGGCCGGUCAACGUGGGAUAAAUGACCCCUGGAUGUUUUCUGCAUGGUCGGUUUGGAAGCUAACAUGCACCAGUUGGGAAACGUACACAGAUGGAUCAAACUUACCUUCCCUUCUGUUUUUUUAAGCCUCUGUGAGUAAGUUUGUAGGAAUCUGGACAUCAGGUAGCUCACAGAUUCUCACAGAUUCUCUGAUGACGUCUUGUCAUGGACUGAUCGACUGGAUGCAGGCUAAGUGUUUGCCUGAGGACGAAGGAGCUGUCGACACUGAGGGACCGAGCUCCAGGAUGACACCCAGCUGUCGAUGUUGUGGUUGAUGUUGUGGUGGAUGGUGUUUUUGUUUACCUGAACUAAUAAGGUUAUAUAUCUCCAUGGUUACUGAGUGCCAUUUCUACUUGACAGCUGUUACUACUUAGCAUUAGAUAGAGCUGCUCUCGCUCUGUGUGGGUGUGGACUAGGCUAGAAUGAGUGGAGAGACGAGGUCAGAGGUAUGUCUGUGUUUCAGGUUCCCAAAGGUUCAUCAGCUGAGAUCAGCCUCCUUCAGGGACGUGAGGGUUGGACCUUCACCUCACAGCACCAGAGGAGUUGUUAAACCCCCCAAACGCUGUCGUUGACUCAUCUGUUGAACUCUAAUGUUUAUCUCAAACAUUAGGGCUAAUGAAAAAUAGCUAAAACUAUUUUCUAAUUCUAAUCUCUAUUUUUGAAAACGUCUGGAUCUUGGUCUGAUCUUCUCUAAGGUCUCUUGGCUCUAGUGGCACCAUUGUUCACUUCCUAAUGAAGAGAUGUAAAAUCUUCAGCUGAGUGAAGGCUGAGAAGACUCGAGGCUGAUGUUGGGGUGAAACGAAGCAUUGGGAACCACACUUUGUCUGUUUUUGUUAUGAAUUUAACUUUCAGUGGAUGAAACAUUAAACAAUGGUCUUUUCUGUAGAGUUUUGCACUGACUGGGUUCACAUCAGCACGUCAGCUCUGGUUUCUAUCUAUAAAAGCUUCAAACAGCUUUUCUAUUGUCAGUAACCGCAUUGUACGUUUUGGUGAGAGUUGCUAGUGAUGCAUCACUGCAGGUUCCCAAGCCAUAAAUAGAAGUAUUCUUUAAAUCCAUCUGCAAGAGAUGUUCAAUAGGUUUUACGUGCUUUUACGUUGUUUUUGUGGUGAAAAGUUGGCUUCACACUUUGCCGACAUGAUACGACCCAGUUAUUAGAUGCAGCUGUUGGAAGCUUCUCAGACCUUCAGCCCAGAGCUGCUAUUUGUUGUCAGCUGGACCUUUUUACCGGUGAUUUUGAAUUCUUCCUGUCCUUGAUCCCCACAUGCACAUAAAAACCAAGAUAACAAACAAGCAAGCAAAGCUUUAGUUGGUUUAAUUUGAUUAAAAGGUGACAGAACAUUGCUGAGGAUGUUAAAUAGACAAUAUUAAUCCUAAAAAAAAGGCGGAAACAAACCCUAGAAGCCUUUGGAUGAACAUUAACAAACUAUUAGGACACGAAGGAAGCCAAGAUUUUAGAACAAACGAGGAGACAAUGAGAAGCUGAAGGACAGUUUUCAGCUUGAGUGUGUUUGUUCUCCAUUCGUUGUGGACCCAGGACUGACUGAGGAGUGAACCUAGUCAAAGGUCUGUUUAACUCUAGAUUUUGGAAUCAUAAUGUUUGAUCAAUGUUCACAUGUUUUGUGAGGAGACUGGAAGCAGUUUCUCAUCGAGUGUUUGGCAAAAUUAGCGAAUUUACUAAAAUCUCACUCUGUCGUAGAAGCACUUUCCUCACUGAGCAUCGAUAGUUUCUUUUUCCAAUCUCUUCUGUCUUUCCUGUUUGCAGAGUUGAAUUAAGAAUCAAAGAGAUUUGUCUUUGAUUUGAAAUUCUUGUAAUAUGAGAACAAUGCUAAUUGUUAGUAAUACUAACUUAGUGUGUAUGUUUGUUUGUUUGUUUGUAUGUGUGUGACCUAACUUAACCAGCCUGUUCUAAAUGUGUGUGAAGAUAUUCAAUAAAAUAAAAUGUUAGAUUCUGAA